GCAGUCCCUGCCCGGCCGCCGCGCUGCGCACCGCCGGGUGCCGGCCUGCGCCCCGAACCCGAGUGGCGGCCACCUCUACCUCCCAAGCCCGCGCGGAUGUGAGAUCCCGGUCACCGGGUGCGUCGCGAUCGCAGGCUGCGGCGCGGCUCUGCUUGACCCGGGAGGUGACGGCGGUGCUGAUCGUGCGGCUUGUGGAUUUUUAAAAAAUUUGGCUCCGGGGAGGACCAUUUCCUCUCGACAUGCAUCCCUCCGGAUAGACUGCACAUCCCUCAGUCCACCCUCCGCCCCGCGCCGUCCGAGGCAGGCGCUGGGUGGGCGAAGAGGAUCCGGGUUGAAAUCUGUGCCCCCGGUUCUCGUCCCCGCCCCGUCCCGCCGCCCCCUCCCCCUCCGGGAGUCGAAAUUGCCCGGGGAUUAUGUUUCGGAAAGGUAGGUGAGCGCCGAGAGCGGCGCCUGCUUCUCCGCACACGGACCCGAAGAACCAGCGAGGCGGCGAGGCAACCCCCGCGGCUUGCAGCGGAGGCGACAGCUCGUCUCCUCCCGUGGAGGUGUCGCCGGUGGUGGGGGGGAGAGACUUGCUCCAAAAAACGGACGUCUCCAGCUCUCCCCCCUCCCUGUUUUCCGUUAGGAAUCCGGCGAGGAAAUACAUGCACUCGCUGAGAGUCGCCGGCGCCAGGAGGCAGCGCCACAAGGUGUAGCGAGUGAGUGGGGUGGGGCAAGAGGGGACCCAGGAAUCCCCCAAGCUCCCGGCGCGCCUGCUCCUGCUCUUCAAUCCUGCCCUCGGGGCGGACGGAGUGACCCCCGCCCCGACCAUGGUAGUGUUCAAUGGCCUUCUUAAGAUCAAAAUCUGCGAGGCCGUGAGCUUGAAGCCCACAGCCUGGUCGCUGCGCCAUGCGGUGGGACCCCGGCCACAGACGUUCCUUUUGGACCCCUAUAUUGCCCUUAACGUGGACGACUCGCGCAUCGGCCAAACAGCCACUAAGCAGAAGACCAACAGUCCGGCCUGGCACGAUGAGUUCGUCACCGAUGUGUGCAAUGGGCGCAAGAUCGAGCUGGCUGUCUUUCACGACGCUCCUAUCGGCUACGACGACUUCGUGGCCAACUGCACCAUACAGUUCGAGGAGCUGCUGCAGAAUGGGAGCCGUCACUUCGAGGACUGGAUUGAUCUGGAGCCAGAAGGAAAAGUGUACGUGAUCAUCGAUCUCUCGGGAUCAUCGGGCGAAGCCCCUAAAGACAAUGAAGAACGAGUAUUCAGGGAGCGUAUGCGACCAAGGAAGCGGCAAGGGGCUGUCAGGCGCAGGGUCCACCAGGUCAAUGGCCACAAGUUCAUGGCCACCUACUUGCGGCAACCCACCUACUGCUCCCACUGCAGAGAUUUCAUCUGGGGUGUCAUAGGAAAACAGGGAUAUCAAUGUCAAGUUUGCACUUGUGUUGUCCACAAGCGAUGCCAUGAGCUCAUUAUUACAAAGUGCGCUGGGCUGAAGAAACAGGAAGCCCCUGACGAGGUGGGCUCCCAACGGUUCAGCGUCAACAUGCCCCACAAGUUCGGGAUCCACAACUACAAGGUCCCCACAUUCUGUGACCACUGUGGGUCCCUGCUCUGGGGCCUCUUGCGGCAGGGCUUGCAGUGUAAAGUCUGCAAAAUGAAUGUUCACCGUCGAUGUGAGACCAACGUGGCUCCCAACUGUGGGGUGGACGCCAGAGGAAUUGCCAAAGUGCUGGCUGACCUCGGUGUUACUCCAGACAAAAUCACCAACAGUGGCCAAAGGAGGAAAAAGCUUGCUGCUGGUGCCGAGUCCCCACAGCCGGCUUCUGGAAACUCCCCAUCGGAAGACGACCGAUCCAAGUCAGCGCCCACCUCCCCUUGUGACCAGGAACUAAAAGAACUUGAAAACAACAUCCGGAAGGCCUUGUCAUUUGACAACCGAGGAGAGGAGCACCGAGCCUCGUCUGCUACCGAUGGCCAGCUGGCAAGCCCUGGGGAGAACGGGGAAGUCCGGCCAGGCCAGGCCAAGCGCUUGGGGCUGGAUGAGUUCAACUUCAUCAAGGUGUUGGGCAAAGGCAGCUUUGGCAAGGUCAUGCUGGCGGAACUCAAAGGCAAAGAUGAAGUCUACGCUGUGAAGGUCUUGAAGAAGGACGUCAUUCUGCAGGAUGAUGACGUGGACUGCACAAUGACAGAGAAGAGGAUUUUGGCUCUGGCUCGGAAACACCCUUAUCUAACCCAACUCUAUUGCUGCUUCCAGACCAAGGACCGCCUCUUCUUCGUCAUGGAAUAUGUAAACGGUGGAGACCUCAUGUUCCAGAUUCAGCGGUCCCGAAAAUUUGAUGAGCCUCGUUCUCGGUUCUAUGCCGCAGAGGUCACAUCGGCUCUCAUGUUUCUCCACCAGCACGGAGUGAUCUACAGGGAUUUGAAACUGGACAACAUCCUUCUAGAUGCAGAAGGUCACUGCAAACUGGCUGACUUUGGGAUGUGCAAGGAAGGGAUUCUGAAUGGCGUGACCACUACCACCUUCUGUGGGACUCCUGACUACAUAGCUCCAGAGAUCCUACAGGAGUUGGAGUACGGCCCCUCGGUAGACUGGUGGGCCCUGGGAGUGCUGAUGUACGAGAUGAUGGCUGGGCAGCCCCCCUUUGAAGCUGACAACGAGGACGACUUGUUCGAAUCCAUCCUUCAUGAUGAUGUUCUCUACCCUGUGUGGCUCAGCAAGGAAGCUGUCAGCAUCCUGAAAGCUUUCAUGACCAAGAACCCGCACAAGCGCCUGGGCUGUGUGGCAGCGCAGAACGGGGAGGAUGCCAUCAAGCAACAUCCAUUCUUCAAGGAGAUUGACUGGGCACUGCUGGAGCAGAAGAAAAUCAAGCCCCCCUUCAAGCCGAGAAUUAAAACCAAAAGAGAUGUCAAUAACUUUGACCAAGACUUUACCAGAGAAGAGCCAGUACUGACACUUGUGGAUGAAGCAAUAGUGAAGCAGAUCAACCAGGAAGAAUUUAAAGGCUUCUCCUACUUUGGUGAAGACCUGAUGCCCUGAGAGGCUGCUUCAGAUGGAGCUAGCUCACGCUGCAAGGAGGGUGUUGAGAUACUCCCAUGUUGCAGAGGCUCAGAAGGUCUCAACGCCUCCUCCUCCUCCUUCCCAGAGCCCCAGUCCCAUGUCCCUUAUUUAUUGCAUUCCCCCGCCCCAGGCCAUGUCCCUCCCCACCCUCCCAGUGAUCAGAAGGCACUCUUGGGUCUAGACUCACCAAGAUCACAGAUUUGAGUUGUGUCAGCCCUGUGGGUAGCUGUGUGCGGUGUUGAGUUUGGUGCAUCCGUCCAUCUGCAAGCCUGAAGCAGCUUCAGUUCUUUUAUUACAAAGAAAACAAACCAACACAAAGACUCUGGCUCUGCCACUGGACACGGACCCCUGACUCCUCCCGCCUCUCAUUCCUCCCGGUCCCCAGCCUGCCAUCCCUGCCCAGCUACCUAAGAGAAGAGAGCAGACUUUCUUCCACAGGAGGGCGGGUGCCCCAAGGCUUGCCCUUGAUGGGAGGGGCCUGAGGUGCUCAGGGGGUCCAACAGUGGCAGUGUGCUCUGGAAAUUGCACAUUCCUGCUUGCUUUGGUUUUAGCUUUUUUUGAGCAUGCCAAAGUCGUAUGCGUUUGUAUCUCAUGGAAGAAAUCAUUUUGAUUUUGAACUUUAAGCAUUUAAAAAAAAAAAAAAAAA